AAUAAAAUCAAGCGCUCCCCGUUUGCCGAGCUCGCUUCUGUCAAUGGACCAAUCAGAGGCCGCGGUGAUGUAAACACGGAAGUAGAUAAUGCAACCGAAAGGCGUAAACAAACUCCCGGUUUUUGUUUUCACGUAAAUGGAGGAAAGGCACAGGGACAUCCUUCGUGGGAACAGGGUUAACCUGGUGACAGACCUGAAUCCCUCUGCGCUCUACGAUGGCCUCCUUGAAAAAGGAGUUUUCACUCAGGACAUGAUCGAAGAGAUUCAAAGCUCCGGGACCAGACGAGACCAGGCCAGGCAGCUGGUCCGGGAUUUGGAGACCCGAGGGAGUCGAGCCUUCCCUCUAUUUCUGGAGUGCCUUCAGGAGACGGGUCAGCUCAGUUUGGCAGGAAUCCUGCUGAAUGGAGCUCCAGCAGGCAGCCUGCAGCCUGCAGCUCCGGUACCGGUUCUCCGUCCUGUCAUCCAGCCUCUGCCAGUCAUCUCUCCAAUGGAUGUUGAUAAGCAAAACAGAGAUGUUGUCCCUGUUCUUCCAUCACCGAGACCCAGCACUACUCCCAGUCCAUCACCUGAGAAGGAGUACAGACAAACGGCACAAGGUAGAACACGGCGCGACAGUAUUCAGACCUAUAAAAUGGACGCCAGCCCCUGUGGACAUUGCCUUAUCAUAAACAACAUGGAGUUUCAAAAGGACACGGGUCUGAGCAACCGCAACGGCUCCAACAUAGACUCUGAGAAACUGGAGAGGAGAUUCAAGGCACUCAACUUUACUGUUGAAGUCAAGACCAAUCUGAAACAAAAACAAAUCAAACGUGAGCUGAGUGCUCUGUCAAAGAAGGACCAUUCACAAUUCGACUGCUGUGUGGUGAUCAUACUGUCCCAUGGGACUGAGGUAAGUCAUAACCGCUUCCCUGGAGCCGUGUACGGUGUGGACGGAGAAUUCGUUCCAGUUCAGCACAUAACAAACUACCUCAACGGCCAGCACUGCCCGUCCCUACAAGGCAAACCCAAGCUGUUUUUCAUCCAGGCCUGCGGAGGAGGUGACAAAGACACGGGCUUUGAAGUGUCUCCUGACGAGGUUGAGCCGUCCGUCGGGGGCACGGAUGACCAGACGGACGCCAUUCCGACGUCGUCCAGCAGCGACUCUCUGAGCACGCCUGAUGAAGUGGACGCCCGAGUCACGCUGCCCACCCCGAGCGACAUCCUGGUGUCCUAUUCCACUUUCCCAGGUUAUGUGUCAUGGAGAGACCCACGGUUGGGGUCCUGGUACGUCGAGACGCUCGACCGUAUUCUUGAGGAAAGUGCUGCUACAGAUGACUUGGUCACGAUGCUGAUGUUGGUGAACCACGAAGUUUCCCAAAAUUCAGCUAAAGGGCUCUAUAAGCAAAUGCCAGGCUCCUUUAACUUCCUCCGGAAACUCCUUUACUUCCAGACCCAGUAGAGGAAGAGCCAUGUGUCCUCGUGCAAAAACACUCAACUUUAAUGUUUUGAUAUUGUUCUUCAGUCGAGGUGCAAAGUGUCUCAACUUUUGAAUGCUGUGAAUUUAGCUCUUUCCAGAUCAUGUGUGUUACUGUGUUCCUGAUAUUUUUGAAAUCUGGUUCGUUGUUUUCAAUUGUUGUUUCUAAUGAACUGUUGAAAAGAUUUGUAUUUCCAGACUGGGGUAAUGUUUUCCAGGUCAGUUAUUUUACUGUCAAGAAAACCAGCUAUGUGCAAAACUUGUACUCUGCAUCAGUGGAGCACUUGUUAAAAUUUGCACUCUGCAUUGAUUUAUUCAAAUUUGGAGACGCAAGUUUGAAUCCUUCUGCUGACAUGUCACCACUGCGCGACACUCCUUAACUCUCCACUGCUCAGGUUGUAUCAGGACAGACACGAGGCAUGAAACUUGUGCCAAAUCAAACAUGCAGAUCAAAGUCCUUCUAAUAUAUUGAUCAUAUUCACUGUUUUUUUUGUUUGUUUGUUUGUUUUUUAUGAAAAUGCCAUCGGAGCAUCUUCUGAACGUUUAAUUAAAUUAAUAGAAAAUGCUUUGAGUGGCCUAUCAUGCUGGAAAGUAAAAUAUCCAUUUUGUUGACUUUUUCAUCAGUAGGUGUGAAAACUGUGCCUGCAGAAAAAAAUGUUGUCUGAAGUCAUGCUUUUUUUUUUUAUCAUUUUCAUUUUCGAAAUAAAAUGCAUUGAAGCUAUUUGUAAUGAAUCUUUACAGGAUGAGGACAGUCAGACUGAGAAUGAAUCAUUCACUCAGGUCUGGUUCACACAGAAAAAGGACGACAGCAGUUUCUGAUGAUUGAAAUUAAAAAAAAAAAAAAAACAACAACUUCA